CGUCAUCGCCCGAAAAAACUUCUAUUCAAAGUUUGAAAUUCGAAAACACAUCCAAUUUUGGGUCUGGAAGCAUUUGUAGGACACACCCAGGUUUUCCUCGAAAUCCAAUAUCUUUCUCGCUUAAUUUCAAUUUCCUCCAUCCCGAUAUAUCUAUCUCUGAGUCGAAUUGAGCCUGUGAUUGAUGUUCUAUGGAUUGAUUAGCUAUUAAUUUCUUUUCAAUUGGGGCUAUUUGUUUCGGGUAUUCGGAAAAUGUUUCCAAUUGAAUGUUCAAAUGAUUUUUAUGCUCUUUUAAAAAAUCAAGCCCCAAUGUUGGUUUAUGUGCUAUUUUAAGGUGUUUAAUAAGUGAAAACAUCAAAGUAGAAUGCUUUUUGGUUGGAUUUCUAUAGUUCGGGUCGGAUUUCAUCGAAUUCUGUUCACGUUCUGUGCAACCGUUUUUGUAUCUGUAAGUGGGAGUAUGAACUCGACUGUUUGUUUGUAAUUUUUAAAUAUGAUGGACUUCGAACUUUUUUUAUUUGUGCUAAGUUUAGAUAUAUCAUUCAUUGUUGAUACUGCAAACCUUUGAAUAAUCAAGAUGUUCAAUUUAGGGAACUUCCAAAUAGCUAUCCUUUUUGGAAGUGGAUUUCCUGUUGGCGCUGUUGUUUGGUUUUUUUUCGUCAACAAAAUUUGGAUUUCUAAAUUCUUUUCCUUCCGGGAACAACCCGAGGACUUCCCAGAAAACUUGGAUUUCUAAAUUCUUUUCCUUCUGGGAACAACCAGAAAACUUCUAUAUAUACACUGGAGUGGAUUUUGCCUCCCAUAAGGAAUCAGGCCCUUCCAAUUUGCUUAAAGAACUCCUUCGAUUGAGGAGAAGCAAUCACUAUGGGAGAUCGAGAGCUGAAAGAAGCAGAGAUCCUGCAACCUCCUAAACUAGAAACGACUUGUCAUGAGGAGUAUGAAGACCUAAUAACACGUCGGGUGCACAGACCAGAACAAAACACUACACGGGAUCGCCACCGGGAAUUCGAAGACCUAGUAAGCAGCAACCCCUUGAACAAAAGGGCUUAUGUGGAGUAUGCCAAGUGGCAAGAGGAGUAUACCGAGUGGCCGAAAGGUUUUAAUGUUAUUGAUGCACGUAACACCUGACGAAGAGCCCUCUAUGUAGAUCUUGGAGAUCCCAACAUGUGGAAGGAAUAUGCACAUUUCGAGAUGAGAAAUGGGUGCCUUUCCCGUGCCCGGCUAGCAUGGCUCAAUUCUCUCCAAUGUUGUCCCCAUGUAGGUGAGUUGUGGAAAGAGCAUAUUCAAAUGGAGGAACAUGUUGGAAAUUUUCAAGAUAUUGGACUGAUUUUUGAGCAGUGGAUGAAGGAGCAACCAAGCAAAGAAGGGUGGUUAUCAUAUAUUGAGUUUGAGCUGAGGUAUAGUAGAGUAGAGAGUGCACGGGGGAUAUUCGAGAGGUUUGUGGAGUGGUCACCGAAAAAUUGCUAUGCCUGGAUCGAAUAUGCAGCACUGGAGAGAUCUUUAGGUGAAAUCGAGCGAGCCAGAUCCAUUUUUGAGCGAGCUUUUGACCAACCCAAGCUAGAGAUGGCUGACUUGUUAUGGAAGGCCUAUGUUGAUUUUUCCAAGUCUUGCCUUGGCGAGGUGAGCGAUGUUGAUCAAUUGCUAAGGAAACGGAGAACUGAAUUAGAGGCAAAAGAUUUUCCGUGGAUGAUGGAUUUGAAGGACACACCACCUGCAUGAGAUCUUGGAGGGUGUUACAAUUGGAAGAAGCAGCAGUGGCUUUGUUCAAAAUGAAGAUCUUCUAGUUAUUUAUUUGGAAAUUUAUUUAUGUUCUGUAGUUUUGAAUAUUUUAGUAGUUCAAUAAAAAAGUAAUUUUUAAAAUAAAGAGAAUCUGAUUGAGGUUUAUUUUACCUGAAACAAUUUAUAUAUGAGCAGGCUUCAUCAUUUCAUAUGUAUUUUGCACUCUAUGCUCCUAGGGGUGUUUAUGCACCCCCUCUGGUUCCCUUGGUGGGUCUUGUUGCAUAUCAUUCCCAAAUGAAUUGAUGCACUGGUAUUGCCCAUAGGUUUGAGCAUAGUCAUAAGAUACAGAAUAUAGUAUGACUAUGCGAUAAGAACCAUGGAACCCAUCAUAUGGUGGC